AUGUAUGCCGGGAGUGCAUACCAACGAAGUGAUGAUAGCAAUUGCUACCGCAAGGCCCUCAAGGCUGUUGCGUUUCCCUCACGCAAGAGGUCUUUCAACACUUUUCUGGAAGGAAUGUGGGUAAAAAUCAGUCUCCUUUUGCUUGUUGUCUCUUUCGGCUACGGCGCUAUAAUGAGAAUGAAGGCAGAGGUUGGCAAGCCGGUAGAGCUUUCAGUGGGCAAAGUUGUGAAAUGGAAACGCAACAGAAAUGGCGUAGAGGAGUUUAUAAAAUACUGUGACCCGAAAACAAAAGAACCAAUCUGUUCUCAGUUUGUUACCAAGGACAACAAACCAAGCAACCCUGUCACUAAGGCUCAUGUGAAGAAAGAUGGAACACUAGUUAUUGAGUCAGUGAAAGCAAGUGAUAGAGGUCUAUACAGCUCACCAGAUCAGAAGCCCACUCGUGGAGUAGCUCCCCCGCAUAUUCAACUGGAAGUGUAGCUAGAGCACAAUUUUUUGAAUAUCGGACAUUGUCACCUUCGAUCACGUUACCCUAUGUGUUUGUGCGAGUAGACUGUAAACAUGCAAAUAAAAAUUCCUCGCUUCA